AUGCCGUCUCCCCAGGCGGGGCUGGCCGCCUCCGGCCCAUUGCGUUCCGCGGACGUACCCGGCAUGUCUCCCUCAGUCUCCAGCGAUCCCCAGAGCCUUUUUUGUCAGCCUGCCCAACCGGAGAACGAGGAGGAAGAGGAAGAGGAGGAGGAGGAGGAAAAGGAGGGGGGGAGGGGGACGAGUGAAUACGGAUGCAGGGCCGAGAAUCGAGUGAAACAAGAUCCCGCGGCUUACCAGAACGACCCUGCGGGCUCUCUGCGCCCCCCCCACGGGUCCCACCUCUUCCUCCCCCAACUGAGGCGAGCCUGA